AUGUCCCUGCUACGCGAAGCGGAGAGGUGCCUCGCUAACCAAAAUGCGCAUGUUCUCAACGCCUUCAUAACCCCGCUGCCGCGCGCGGGGCAAUGGUUAGACCGCGUGAGGGAAGCAGACCGACGCAGCGAGCAAGGGAAACCAAUUUCCGCCGUUGACGGCCGCUUGAUCUCGAUCAAAGACAACAUCUGCACGCGCGACCUGCCGACGACCUGCGCCUCGGGCAUCUUGGACAAAUUCACCAGCCCGUUCAAUGCCACCGUUGUCGACCAAUUGGAGGCCGCCGGGGCUGUCAUCGCCGGCAAGACCAACCUGGACGAGUUUGGAAUGGGGUCUCAUUCAGUGUAUUCGCGGUUCGGUGCCGUGAAGAACUCGCGUCGGGAUGGUGAUGGCCAGGAUCUUUCCGCUGGCGGAAGCUCCGGUGGGAGUGCAGUGGCUGUCGCUGCUAACCAGUGCUAUGCGGCUCUUGGAACAGACACUGGAGGCUCUGUCAGACUUCCGGCGGCGUACACGGGGACUGUGGGCUUUAAGCCAUCAUACGGGCUACUCUCGCGAUGGGGCGUGGUGGCCUAUGCCAAUUCGCUUGACACAGUGGGAAUCCUGGGAAGGGAUACAUCCAGCGUGCGGGAUGUCUUCUCCAUUCUCAACCAGCAUGAUGCACGCGACCCAACAAAUGUCUCCUCUUUCUCACGCUCACGAAUUCUCUCCCACCUCCAGACACCACAACUCGCGGCGCGAUUGACCUCAUCUCCUCUCCGUAUUGGUGUCCCGCUGGAAUACAACAUCAAGGAACUCACACCAUCGGUCCGCCGUGCGUGGCUUCUGUCUCUUGCGCAUUUACAAGAACAAGGGCAUACGAUACACCCAGUUUCUCUACCCACUACCAAGCACGCCCUGUCCGCGUACUAUGUCCUCGCGCCCGCGGAGGCGUCCUCGAACCUGGCCAAAUACGACGGCGUUCGAUAUGGAACGCGUGCCGAGGGACCGGACAGCGAUGGGCAGCCCGAUGGCUAUCUGUACGCUAGUACGCGUGGCAAUGGAUUUGGCGCCGAAGUGCAGCGCCGCAUCCUCCUGGGCACGUUUAGUUUGAGUGCGGACGCCAUGGACAACUACUUCAUCCAGGCGCAACGGGUGCGCCGCCUCGUCCAGCAGGAUUUCAAUGCUGUGUUUACGGCUACACAUCCACUUGCCGCUGCUGAUGCACCGGAGACAGCCCGCUCCGGAACGGCGGAUGUCGAUGUGAUCGUGUGUCCUACCGCGCCAUCCCCGCCGCCGCGACUGUCUGACGUAUCGGCCGACUCGUCACCUUUGGACGCAUAUGUGAAUGAUGUAUUCACGGUCCCGGCCAGUUUGGCUGGUUUGCCUGCCAUUUCAGUACCUGUGACAGUGGCUGAGUCCGAGCAGAAUCCUCAUGCUGCUGAAGUGGCCGGCAUCCAAGUCAUAGGCCAGUACGGAGACGACGAGUUAGUGAUGAAGGUUGGCGAGUUGCUGGAGGGCAAGGGAUUGGAUGGCUAG